AUGGUUAAAGUAGCAAUUGUCACCUAUUCCAUGUAUGGCCAUAUCGAUGUCCUGGCAAAGGAAUUGCAGAAGGGUGUCGAAUCCGCUGGAGGUGAAGCUAAGAUUUUCAGAGUUCAGGAAACGUUGUCCGAUGAAGUUUUGAAGAAGUUGAAUGCCCCUGAGAAGCCAAGUGAAAUUCCCGUAAUUACCCCCGAGGAGUUGACUGAGUAUGAUGCCUUUUUAUUCGGUAUUCCAACAAGGUAUAGUACUUUGCCCGCUCAAUGGUCGGCUUUUUGGGACAAGACCGGAGGGAUCUGGGCAAAGGGAUCCUACUACGGAAAAGUCGCUGGUCUUUUCGUCUCUACUGGUACUUCAGGUGGUGGUCAAGAAGCAACUAUCAAGAGCGCUUUGAACUAUUUGACCCACCACGGUAUCAUCUAUAUUCCAUUAGGUUACAAAAACGCUUUUGCUGAGCUGGCUAACAUCGAAGAAAUUCACGGUGGUUCACCUUGGGGUGCUGGCACCUUCGCUGGAAGCGACGGCUCCAGAACUGCGUCAGAACUUGAACGCAGAAUUGCCCAGAUUCAAGGUAAGACCUUCUACGAACAGGCAAAGAAAUUCGCUACCGCUCCGGUUACCGAGAAGAAGACUCCAAAGGCAGAGGCCGAAUCUCCAAAGAGACAAACUGAAAAGGUUGAAGAAAAGAAAUCUUCCGACUCAAUGAACUGCUGUACAGUUAUGUGA